AAAAUUUUUGCAAAGUCUAAUUUUCGACUUUUCGUGUUGUUCCUUUGAGAUAUAAAUUAUAAAAUUGUUACUAGUAAUAAUAAUUAAUUAUUAUAAUUGUUUAACAAAUGUUUCAUUAUUAUGUAAAGAAUUAGUUUCAAUAUGCAAAGUUCUUUUUCCAAAACGAAAGAAAUGUUUAUUAUUCGUGCGUUGGAAAAAAUUUUAUCUGAUAAGGAUAUAAAACGGUCUCAUCAUUCCCAACUAAAAAAGUCGUGCGACGCUGCGCUAGAGCAAAUCAAAGCUGAGCUUAUAAGUGCUGGACAAAUUGCAGAAGGCAAUGAACUUCCGUGCGCUGCCUUACCGCAGCCCAAAAAUGCUGAAAGCAUUAUUAAUGCAGAGACUUACUUUCUGCCCUUCGAACUUGCUUGCCAGAGCAAAACAUCCAGAAUAGUCAUUACAGCGUUAGACUGCUUGCAAAAACUUAUUGCCUAUGGUCAUCUCACGGGCAACAUACAUGAUUCUGUGAAUCCAGGAAAACUACUUAUCGAUCGUAUAGUCAACACCAUUUGCAGCUGUUUCAAUGGCCCCGCUACCGACGAGGGUGUGCAAUUACAAAUUAUUAAAGCUUUAUUGACCGUUGUCACAUCUCAGCAUGUCGAAGUACAUGAGGGUACGGUUUUGCAGGCGGUAAGGACGUGUUAUGAUAUAUACUUGUCGAGUAAGAAUCUUGUUAAUCAAACCACUGCUCGAGCAACACUUACACAAAUGCUUAAUGUUAUAUUCACGCGAAUGGAAAAUCAAACUUAUGAGGAGUACAUAGAACCACAACCCCAACCACCUAAACAAUCUUUGGAGAAUGGCAACGAAAUAGAAACCAUCGCUGCCGAAAUCGUCGAUGAAGUAAUAACAGCUGCUGUGGAAAUAACAUCAGGAACAUCAAAACAAAACGACGUGAAACCUGUAGAAGGUCCUGAAAUCGAUGAAACCACACGCCAUGAGGAAAGCGUAGAGACCCAAAGCGAAAAUGACGCAAUUAUAACAGCAAAGUUUACACAUAUUUUACAGAAAGAUGCUUUCUUAGUAUUUCGUGCUUUGUGUAAAUUAUCCAUGAAACCACUGCAAGAUGGUCAACCUGAUCCAAAAUCCCAUGAACUUCGAUCGAAAGUUUUGUCAUUGCAUUUACUUCUGUCAAUUUUACAAAACGCUGGCCCUCUCUUCCGUUCAAAUGAGAUGUUUGUCAUGGCUAUAAAGCAAUACCUUUGCGUUGCGUUAUCAAAGAACGGCGUCAGUUUGGUACCGGACGUGUUUGAACUAUCACUUUCGAUAUUUGUUGCCCUCUUGUCGAAUUUCAAAGUUCAUCUUAAAAAGCAAAUUGAAGUCUUCUUCAAGGAAAUAUUUCUAAACAUCUUAGAGGCAUCUUCCAGCUCAUUCGAACAAAAGUGGAUGGUUAUCCAUGCACUCACUAGAAUUUGUGCAGAUGCACAAUCAGUUGUGGACAUUUAUGUAAAUUAUGACUGUGAUCUAUCAUCAGCUAACUUAUUCGAGAGGCUUGUAAAUGAUCUCUCAAAAAUAGCCCAAGGCCGACAAGCCUUAGAACUAGGUGCAAAUCCCUUGCAAGAAAAAUCAAUGAGAAUACGCGGCCUUGAGUGCUUAGUAUCGAUUCUCAAAUGUAUGGUCGAAUGGAGUAAAGAUUUAUACAUAAAUCCUAAUACACAAUCAACAAUAUCUGACAGUGCAAAUAAACCGCAAACCAAUAAUUAUCCCUCUGAAGAAAACAUGGAAUACAUGAAAACCAGAUCCCUACACGGAGGAUCAAAUUACAGUCUUAAUUCAUACGAAAGUAACAAAAACAAGGAAGCCUUUGAUCUGCCAGAAGCCCUCGAAGAACAAAAGAUGAGAAAAGAAGUAAUGGAGGCUGGAAUCGAUUUAUUCAAUAGAAAACCAAAAAUGGGAAUUGCCUUCCUUCAAGAGAAGCAACUUUUGGGCGUUGCAACCAAGGACGUUGCCAAGUGGUUACUGGAAGAAGAACGCUUAGAUAAAACUUUUAUUGGCCACUAUUUGGGCGAAAACGAUGAGAAAUCAAAGGAAGUCAUGUGCGCAUAUAUUGAUGCCAUGAACUUUCAAAACAUGGAAGUUGUUUCUUCGUUACGACAUCUCUUAGAAGGCUUUCGGCUACCAGGUGAGGCCCAAAAGAUCGAUCGACUCAUGGAAAAAUUUGCAAGUCGUUAUUGUGAGUGCAAUCCGAAUAAUAAACUAUUCCAAAGCGCCGACACGGUCUAUGUGUUGGCAUUUUCAAUUAUAAUGCUAACAACAGAUUUACAUUCCCCACAAGUGAAGAACAAAAUGACAAAGGAACAAUACAUAAAAAUGAAUCGAGGCAUAAGUGAUAGUAAAGAUUUGCCAGAGGAAUAUUUGUCUACGAUUUAUGACGAGAUAGCUGGCAAUGAAAUAAAAAUGAAAAAUAAUGUUGUUAACAAACCCGGCAAGCAAAUUAUAACAAACGAACGAAGAAGAAAACUUCUGUGGAAUAUGGAAAUGGAAACAAUUUCACAAACAGCAAAAAGCCUUAUGGAGUCGGUUUCUCAUGUAAAAGCCUCCUUUACAUCAGCAAAACACUUGGAGCACGUCCGCCCCAUGUUCAAGAUGGCUUGGACACCCUUUUUGGCCGCCUUCUCCGUUGGUUUACAAGAUUGUGAUGACAUGGAAAUUGCAAGUUUGUGUUUAGAUGGUAUAAGGUGCGCAAUUAGGAUUGCUUGCAUUUUCCACAUGGAUCUAGAAAGAGAUGCAUAUGUUCAAGCCUUAGCUCGUUUUACUCUGCUAACAGCAAAUUCUCCAAUAAACGAAAUGAAAGCGAAAAACAUUGACACGAUUAAAACCUUAAUAACAGUCGCCCAUACAGACGGCAAUUACUUGGGAUCCAGUUGGCUGGACAUAGUCAAAUGCAUCAGCCAAUUGGAAUUGGCUCAACUGAUUGGAACUGGUGUUCGACCACAAUACCUUAACGGUCCAACGACAUUAAAAGAUGCACUAAAUCCUAGUGUCAAAGAACAUAUUGGCGAGACGAGUAGUCAAAGCGUUGUCGUUGCAGUCGAUAGGAUAUUUACUGGAUCAAUUCGACUUGAUGGGGAUGCAAUUGUUGAUUUUGUCAAGGCAUUGUGCCAGGUAUCUCUUGACGAACUACAUAACCCCCAACCCAGAAUGUUUUCAUUACAAAAGAUCGUAGAGAUUUCAUAUUACAAUAUGGAGCGUAUCCGUUUGCAGUGGUCACGCAUAUGGCAAGUACUUGGAGAGCAUUUUAAUACCGUCGGCUGCAACGCUAACGAAGAAAUCUCCUUCUUUGCCUUAGACUCCCUAAGACAAUUGUCAAUAAAGUUCAUGGAAAAGGGAGAAUUCUCCAACUUCCGUUUUCAGAAAGAUUUUCUCCGACCAUUUGAGCUUAUUAUGAAGAAAAACAAUUCUUCCGCAAUCAAAGACAUGAUUGUGCGUUGCAUAGCCCAAAUGGUAAAUUCGCAAGCGAAUAAUAUUAAAUCAGGCUGGAAAAACAUAUUUUCCGUUUUUCAUUUGGCUGCCGGUGAUAAUGACGAGGCGAUCGUUGAACUGGCGUUCCAGACAACUGCGAAAAUAAUUAACGAAUUGUACAAGAAGCAAUUUGCAAUAAUGGUUGAUUCUUUUCAAGAUGCUGUAAAGUGUCUCUCGGAAUUUGCAUGCAACGCUAAAUUUCCAGAUACCAGUAUGGAAGCCAUUCGUCUAGUCCGAACGUGUGCACUUUGUGUACACAAUGCCCAACAGUUAUUCACAGAACACGGUGGAAUGGAGAAUGAUGUUGCGGUGACCAAAGAGGAUCGCGUAUGGGUUAGAGGGUGGUUCCCAAUGUUGUUUUCUUUGUCCUGUGUUAUAAAUAGAUGCAAACUAGAUGUGAGAACACGCGGCCUGACAGUUCUUUUUGAAAUAAUAAAAACCUACGGCGAUACGUUUCAAUCCAAUUGGUGGAAAGAUUUAUUCAAUAUUAUAUUCAGAAUAUUUGACAAUAUGAAAUUGCCUGAGCAUAUAGCGGAAAAGGCCGAAUGGAUGACCACAACGUGCAAUCACGCCUUGUACGCUAUCAUAGAUGUAUUCACACAGUAUUUUGAUGUUCUUGGACAUUUGCUCUUAAAAGAUUUGUUUGCACAGCUGCAUUGGUGUGUGCAGCAAAACAAUGAACAACUAGCAAGAUCGGGGACAAAUUGUCUUGAAAAUCUGGUAAUAUCGAAUGGCUUUAAGUUCACGCCAGAAAUUUGGGACAACACCUGCACUUGCAUGUUGGAAAUUUUUAAAUCAACAUUACAAAACGAAUUACUUUUACACUAUCAAAGUAAUUCUAAUCAUACAAAUAAAAAUCAAAGUGUCUUGCGAAAAGACGAUGACGGCCACCAAUAUGCAUUGAACAAUGGUUCGGAAAAGAACAUGAAACAAUAUACUGCAGAAUCAGUGAGCAGUAGUUACGUGAUUGACAAUUUGUUAAUCAAAUGCGUUGUCCAGCUGGAGUUAAUCCAAACAAUUGAUAAUAUUGUUUUCUUUCCGGCGACGUCUCGAAAAGAAGAUGCCGAAACCCUUGCCCUGGCAACUGCUGAUUUAUCGGGUAAUCAAGGCAAUGCUUUGAUAGAAUGCCAGAGGGAGGAACAAGGGAUGUACAGCUACCUAGAUACGAAAAAUCUAGUUCAAUUAACCGAUUGUCUGAUGCAAUCUCAUAGAUUUGCCAAACAAUUUAAUCUAAAUCCCGAGCAGAGAAACAUAUUGGGAAGGCCCGGUUUUAAGGAACAAGUUAAACCAAACAUACUGAGGCAGGAAACAACCUCGUUGGCUUGUGUAUUGCGCAUUUUAUUUAAAAUCUAUGGAGAUGACAACCGCAGGGAUGACUGGCCAGAAAUUGAGAACAAAUUGAUUUCGGUCUGUAUUGAAGCUUUGACUUAUUUCUUAAAAUUACAAACCGAAUCGCAUAGAGAUUGUUGGACAUCGUUGCUUUUGCUUAUGCUAACGAGAUUAUUGAAAAUGACUGAUUCAAGAUUUUCUAUUCAUGUUUCAAAUUACUAUCCGCUUUUAUGUGAAAUAAUGUGCUUUGGAUUAAAGCCUGAAUUAAGAAGUGUACUUAGACGAGUGUUUCUACGAAUUGGUCCAGUUUACAACAUCACAAGCAGCAAAUAAUUUCACAUUUGUGUUGUUUUUUUUCAGUAUGACUAUUGUAAAUAUAUUUCGAAUACGGAAAAGUACAA